CGCCCUCCAAAGCAGCGCUUCUUGACACUCCUCCUUCUCCUUACUCACUCGGCUCCAUUCCCGCGCUCGCUCGCAACCACACCGCGCAGCCCACCAUGUCGGGCGGCUUCAGCUACGUGUACAAGCGCGAUGGUCGCAAGGAGAGCGUCAAGUUUGACAAGGUGACGGCUCGCGUCAGCAAACUAUGUUACGGACUCGACAUGGCCUUCGUUGACCCAAUCGAGAUUACACGAAAGGUCAUCGACGGCAUCUACUCUGGCGUCACCACCGUCGAGCUGGACAACUUGGCCGCAGAGACUGCAGCGUACAAGACCACCACCCAUCCGGACUACGCCGUCCUCGCGGCGCGCAUCGCCAUUUCCAAUUUGCACAAGGAGACCAGCAAGACGUUUUCAAAGGUGGUGCAGGACCUGUACGAUUAUGUCAACCCAAAGAACGGGCGGCACAGCCCGAUGAUUAGCGAUGCUACGUACCAGUCCAUCAUGAAGAACAAGGAGCAGCUCGACUCUGCCAUCAUCUACGAGCGCGAUUUCCACUACAACUACUUUGGCUUCAAGACGCUGGAGCGAUCAUACCUGCUUCGCAUCAAUGGACGGGUCGCCGAACGUCCUCAGCACAUGAUUAUGCGCGUCGCCGUUGGCAUUCACGGCGAUGACGUCGAUUCGGUGAUCGAGACGUACAACCUCAUGUCCGAAAAGUACUUUACCCACGCCUCCCCGACCCUCUUCAACGCCGGCACGCCUCACCCUCAACUGUCGUCGUGCUUCCUCGUCUGCAUGAAGGAUGACAGCAUCGACGGCAUCUACGACACUCUCAAGACGUGCGCCAUGAUCAGCAAGACUGCCGGUGGUAUAGGUCUGAGCAUCCACAACAUUCGCGGUACGGGAAGCUACAUUGCAGGCACCAAUGGCUUUAGCAACGGCAUCGUCCCCAUGCUGCGAGUCUUCAACAACACUGCACGCUACGUUGACCAAGGUGGCAACAAGAGGCCUGGCGCCUUUGCCAUCUACGCCGAGCCCUGGCACUCUGACAUUUUCGAGUUCCUGGACCUGCGCAAGAAUCACGGAAAGGAGGAAGUGCGAGCACGCGAAUUGUUCUACGCGCUGUGGAUCCCAGACCUCUUUAUGAAGCGUGUCGAACAGAACGGCGAGUGGAGCUUGAUGUGCCCCAACGAGUGCCCUGGCAUGGCCGAAGUCUAUGGCGAGGAGUUUGAAGCGCUGUACGAAAAGUACGAAGCAGAGGGUCGCGCCAAGCGCACCAUCAAGGCGCAAAAGCUGUGGUACGCCAUCUUGGAAGCGCAAAUCGAGACUGGCAACCCCUUUAUGCUGUACAAGGAUGCGGCCAACCGCAAGAGCAACCAAAAGAACCUGGGCACCAUCAAGAGCAGCAACCUGUGCACCGAGAUCAUCGAGUACUCUGCGCCAGACGAGGUUGCCGUCUGCAACUUGGCAUCCAUCGCCCUGCCAUCGUUCAUCGACACUUCGACCAAGUCGUACAACUUCAAGAAACUUCACGCCGUCGCAAAGGUCAUCUGUGGCAACCUGAACCGCAUCAUCGACGUCAACUACUACCCCGUCGAGGAGGCGCGUCGUUCCAACUUCCGUCACCGACCCAUCGGCAUCGGAGUGCAAGGUCUCGCCGAUGCCUUCAUGAUCCUCGGCAUGGCCUUUGACUCGCCCGAAGCGCGCAAGCUCAACAAGCAAAUCUUUGAGACCAUCUACCACGCCGCACUGGAGCGCUCUUGCGAGCUUGCCCAACGCGACGGUCCCUACCAGACCUACCAGGGCUCGCCCGCCUCCAAGGGAGAGCUGCAGUACGACAUGUGGGGCGUCACACCUUCUGACUUGUGGGAUUGGACCACCCUGAAGAGCAAGAUUUCCGAGCACGGUCUUCGCAACUCGCUGCUGCUCGCACCCAUGCCUACCGCCUCCACUUCUCAGAUCCUCGGCUUCAACGAAUGCUUUGAGCCCUACACAUCCAACAUCUACACGCGUCGUGUGCUGGCCGGAGAGUUCCAAGUUGUCAACCCGUGGUUGCUGCGCGAGCUGGUCGAGCAGGGCCUCUGGAAUGAGGGCAUGAAAAACCGCAUCAUUGCCCAUGGCGGCUCCAUCCAAAAUGUUCCCGGCAUACCCGACAGGAUCAAGGCGCUCUACAAGACGGUGUGGGAGAUUUCGCAAAAGUCGAUCAUCGAGAUGGCUGCCGAUCGUGGCGCUUUCAUCUGCCAGAGUCAGAGCUUGAACAUUCAUCUGCAAUCGCCGACGUUUGGACAGCUCACCUCGAUGCACUUUUACGGCUGGAAGAAGGGACUCAAGACGGGUACGUACUACCUGCGCACCAGGCCUGCCGCCAACGCCAUUCAGUUCACCGUCUCUGCCGAGGAGCAAGCUGCGGCCAAGGCUGCCAACAAGGCCGGCUCCAAGGGCAAGGCGCCUGCUGCUGCUGCUGCUGCUGCUGCUGCUGCUGCUGCGCUACCCAUCGCCUCAGCCGCACCCGAGCAGCCGACGUCUCGGCGGAACCUGCAACGAGCAAAGCGACGGAGAUUUCUACCAGCGCGCCUGCAGACGAAGGCUUUGAAGCUGCCAAGGCUAGAGCUGCGGAGAGAGAACGCGAAGCUGCUGCGCUGCUUUGCAGUCUCGAGAAUCCUGGUGCUUGCACCAUGUGCAGCGGAUGAUUAUUUCGGCACAGUCAGACACUUUUUGCAUGAUCGCUCGGAACCUUCUUUUUGCUCGACUGUAUCGUGUACUAUUAAGACCCCCCUUUACCCUUGACUUGCUAGAAGAAGCUUGUGGCGAGACGGACAAGUUCUCCUUCUCGUCACCUCUUCCGCUAGACCCGCAUCACGCCUCGUCCAUUGCCCCCCCUCCACCUUCUCUCUCUUUCACCGCUCCGUGCAACCUCGCACGCCACGCCACGCCUCGGCUCGGCUCGGCUCGCGUUUCGUGGGCAUAUCCUCAAUCACAUGCUAGGCUCCUUCACGCUUUGCAUUGACCGUCUGCGUGCGGAGUUGCAACGCCAGGAUACCAGAGUUGGCGGCGCGCAAUU